AUGGAUUAUUUUAAAUUAUUUAGUGUUUUUUUUGUGAUAUGGUCAAGUGCCAACGCAGAUCAACCAGAAAUAUACGUCCACGACAAUAAUCUUGUUGUCAAAGCGUCAUCCACAAAUUUCAUACAACUCAUAGCAGGAGCAGUUAAAAUAAAUGAUGUCAAUCUUUUGCCAACAUUAUACACGGCUCAAAAUGCUACAAAAUUGCUUCGCAACUACGAAACAUUUAUAUCACAAUUUAAUACCAAAAUGGAUGAUAUGGAAAGUAGAUUAGUUGUCAUAGGAACUGGCAUCGGACAAAAUGCCACCAAUAUUUCUUCAGUGCCAAGUAAUUUUAUAAUAACUAACAUCAGGAGACUAUCAAACAAAAUAUUGCUUUUACAACGAAGUAUAAGAACUUUGCAAGCUCUGUUAACAACUGAUGAUUGUGCGAGUAAUCCUUGUAAAAACGGAGGAAUAUGUUUCGAUAUUUACAAUGGAUUUUUGUGUCAAUGUCCAACUGGUUGGGAGGGCCCAGCUUGCGAUAUUGACAUAAACGAAUGUGCCAGAUUCAUCGGAACUGAUUUAGGUUGUCAAAACGGAGGCACGUGCCUCAACUUACCUGGAACAUAUCAGUGUCAAUGUCCGAAUACUUGGAUAGGAGUGCAUUGUAAUAGAAAAAAGUCAGAUUGCAAUACCGGAGGUUCGGAAAUUUGCGGUCACGGCACAUGCAUCUCACAAAACAAUGAAAUCGGCUAUAAAUGUCUAUGCGAUCAAGGAUGGACGACUGAUGGUGUCCACAUGUCUUGUACUAUAGAUGUAGAUGAGUGCAAACAAAAUCAUCCCCCAUGUUCGACAAAUCCUUUAGUUCAGUGUAUUAACCUACCAGGGUCUUUUACGUGUCAACACUGUCCUCCAGGAUACACAGGAAAUGGAUAUUAUUGCGCCGAUAUAAAUGAAUGUGAAUUAUUUAAUGGUGGAUGCAGUGUUUCACCAUACGCAGAGUGUUUCAAUACUCCUGGAUCUAGAAAAUGUGGUCCAUGUCCUGUAGGUUAUGAAGGCGAUGGUAAAAUCUGCACCUUCAAAGGAGUCUGCAAUAUCAAUAACGGCGGCUGUAGCAUUUUAGCAAGAUGUGUCCAAAACACUGCCAUUUCCGAUACCUACGUCCAGUGCAUAUGUCCUGCAGGAUACACGGGUUCUGGAGUUGGCCCGGCUGGUUGUACACGAUCUUCAUCGACCAACGUUGCAACUAUUACCAGUUGCACACCAAAUCCUUGCGUUCACGGUAGCUGUGUUUCAUACGGUUCAAAUCAAAGCGACGCAAGCUUUACCUGCGUUUGUGAUCGGUCAUUCACUGGAAUAUUAUGCGAUCAGAAAAGAGACCUUUGUAGUCCAAAUCCUUGUUUAAAUGGCGGUACAUGUCAAACGAGGAAAGGACGGUUCACUUGUAUAUGUCCACCGGGGUAUGUGGGAAGAAAUUGUGGAAGGCAAAGAUCAGCUUGUGGUGAUAAUCUCAACUCAUUCAAUGGAACUGUGAGCUAUCCACCAAGUGAUUUUGAAUCUUCUCGUGGAAGAGAAGCUUUAAGUUGUGCUUGGACAAUAACCACAGAUAACGAUAAAGUUAUCCAAGUUAAUUUUACGAAAUUUAGUUUCGCUGAUGCUCCAUGUACUACCCAGUGGUUCCAGGUUCACGACGGAAGAAACAGCUUGUCACCUGCUUUAGGACGUUUCUGUGGAAAUACACUACCGCUCAACGGAAGCCUAACCACUACCCAAAAUAUAAUAUAUUUUUGGCUUAGGACUGUUGCGCAGUCUUCAAAGAGACCUGAAUUUGAAUUAUCUUGGACUUCAAAAGAUCCUGAUUGUGGAGGAACGUUGAAUCAAGAAGGCAUUGGUAUAAUAACAUCACCUGGUUGGCCAAAUAAAUAUCCUAAUAAUAGGCAGUGUAGUUGGCGAUUCAAAGUGCCUAGUGGCAAAAGGUUAUUAUUCCAUGUUUAUACCCUAGACAUUGGACAUGAUUCUGAAUGCACUGGAGAUUAUCUAGAGUUUUACGCUGACGGCGAAUAUUCCACAAAACGUGAUGAUAGGAAACCAGAAUUAUUUGCAAAAUUAUGUAAUGCCACUAUACCCGAACCUUUCUACUCCUUAUUCCCAUCUGGAUAUAUAAAAUUCAAAUCGAAUGAAAAAGACACUUAUCAAGGAUUCCAAAUUGGAUACAGCAUUGUUGAUGGAAUACCUGGUUGUGGUGGAACCUAUACAAAUAAGGAUGGAUACAUAAAAUCUGUCGAACUAACAAGGUCCAUGCCUUCCCUUCUUAUCUGCCAAUAUGAGAUUAAACUUUUAACUAGUGCCACAAUUAAAUUAGACAUUGUGGAAAUUGAUAUGGACGAAAAUUGCUGGGAUACGUAUGUAGCGGUGUAUUUAAAAUCAGAGACAGGUACUUCUCUUAUUACGAAAACAUGUGGCAGUAGACUACCAGGACCAAUUAUAACCUACGGCAAAAAUGUGAUAAUAGAAGCCCAAUCGAAAUACACGCAUAAAAAUCAUUGGAAAAUAAAAUACGAAACAGCUUGUCAUCAAACAUAUACAGCACCUGUCGGUACCAUAAAUACUGAUUCGUCAACAUGUAAUCAUCUAAUACAGCAACCACCAGGAAAUAUAAUUAUCCUGGAUAUUGAAUUGGGUAGACACUAUCAAUCCUUUGCUUUAGAUGCUGUAAAGAUUUAUGACGGAGACAACGAAAAUGCAACCCUCCUUGGUGAUUACCCACGUUGGAUUGAGACAAAAAUUAAAUUGGAAUCAAGUACAAACUACGUACUUAUUACAACCAAGCAAGUCGUUCGUACUUUCUCAGUUAAAUAUUCAACACUGGAUCUUGGCUGUGGCGGGUUGAUGAAAAAUGAUUUGGGAACAGGAACAAUUUCCUAUCCACCGAGAAACCUAGAGACCUACUCAGGAAACAGAAAAUGUAGAUGGGUAAUUAUGGCGCCACUUCAAAAAGUUAUUCAAUUAACAUGGAUCACCUUUAAUCUUGAGCAAAGUUUUGACUGCAGCUAUGACAAUGUACAAGUAUUUGAUAAUAAUACUGGCACCGAAGGUAUGGGUGGUUUAUUAGGCAAAUAUUGUGGAUUCACUUUACCACCUGUAAUGCUAAGUUCUUCUAAUAUAAUGACAAUAGACUUUACUUCGGAUAAUACGAUACAUGGAGAUGGAUUUUUAGUGGCGUAUACUUUUAUUUUAGAGAAAAAUGUUUGCGGAGGAAAUUACUUUACUCCGGCAGGUGUAAUUAAAUCGCCUGGUUUUCCACAAAACUAUCCAACUAAUAGGGAGUGUAUUUGGACUAUCACAGUAAACCCUGGAAGUCAAAUCAUGCUGAAAUUUACUAACUUCACUUUAGAAUCUUAUUCUAGCUGUAGAUACGAUUGGCUUGAAGUAAGAAAUGGUGGCACUUCUUCUUCGCCAUUGAUAGGAAAAUAUUGCGGCAACACCUAUCAAAAAACAAUUCCCUCCCAUACAAACAAAUUGUAUUUGAAAUUCAACUCUGAUAUGAGCAAAACAGGACCCGGAUUCAGAAUAGAAUGGUCAUCGGCUGCAACAGGAUGUGGAGGAACCCUAUCUAGUCCAUCUGGUUCAAUUAUGUCCCCGCAUUAUCCUGAACCUUAUACCAAAAACACAGAUUGUCUUUGGAAAAUAACUGUAAGCGCUGGCUCAAAAAUACAACUAAUAUUUGCAGAUAUAGAUUUGGAAAAACAUACUACAUGUGGUUUAGAUUAUAUUCAAUUGUUCGAUGGUUCUACAAUAAAUUCAAAAUCACUUGGGAAAUUCUGUACACUUCAAACUAGCCCGGUAUUAUCGACGUUAAAUAAUAUGUUAGUACGAUUUAGAUCAGAUGUCAGCUUCCAAGGACGUGGAUUCAAUAUACAAUAUUCUACUAUUUGCACUAACACUAUGACAGGUUUUAGAGGUGUUAUUGAAAGUCCAAAUUUCCCUUACGACUAUCCUCAAGAUCAGAAUUGCAUAUGGGAUAUAAGUGUAUCCGAAGGAAAUAAAAUCAAUAUAAGUUUUUCACAUUUCGCCUUGGAAAGGUCGCUUACUUUUGAAAAUAAAAGUUGCGCUUUUGACUACGUAGAGAUUGAAUACGAAAAACCUACAUCUGUGAUGGACUAUAAUGAAAACGAUUUAACAUGGAAAGUAUAUAACCGAUAUUGUGGAGACAAAAAUCCAGGUUUUAUUACUUUGGACGCAAACCAUGCCAAAAUACAUUUUGUUAGUGACAGUCUUUUACUAGGAACAGGAUUUAGAUUGGAAUGGCAAUUAUUUGGAUGUGGCGGUAUUCUUUCAAAUGAAAAAGGAACAAUAACAUCACCAAAUUAUCCAAAACCGUACCCUGAAAGUAUCGAAUGCAAUUGGCUCAUAAAAGUACCAUUUGGGCAAAGUAUUAGUAUUGUAUUUAAAGAAAUCGAUGUUGAAAAAGAUAGUAGUUGCAGUUUUGAUUUUAUUUCGAUAUAUAACGGUGAAGAUGCGACCUAUCAAGAACUAGCUACGUUCUGUCAUCAGUUAAAACCCGUUACAGUGACCUCUAGUGGCAAUAAUAUGUUUGUUAAAUUUAAAACAGACUACAGCUACCAAGGCCGUGGGUUUAAAGCUGAUUAUUCUACAAUCCCUACAACUUGUGGUGGAUUACUUACUGCUCCUAGUGGUUACAUAUUUUCACCAAACUACCCACAAAACUUCAACAAAAAUGAAACUUGCGAAUGGCUCAUAGAUGUCGAUGAGAAUCAUUUGGUCGAUCUGCAAUUUGAGAAUGUUGACUUAAUUAGAACCAUUGAUUGCCAAAGAAAUUAUAUCAAGGUAUACGAUGGGCCAACUCAGGCCUAUCCAUUAUUAAAAACUAUAUGCGCCAACACAAAUAAUACAAAUGAAACUAUCCAAUCUACAUAUGAACAUAUGUUUAUCGAAUUCAGAAGCGAUUAUUACCUGACAAGCAAAGGAUUUAAAGCAAAAUAUAGAAAAGCGUGUGGUGCAAGAAUCAAGACAUCUGGUAGCGGACAAAUUCAGCUCAAAAAUGAAUUUGAUUUUGAUGAGAUAACAACAUGUACAUAUACUAUAGAAGCUGAAGACAAAUGUGAGGCAUAUUUUUGA